CCCUCUUUAUAAACCAUCAAAUUAUUCAGAUUUCUUUGUAUAAAGUUUUCUUGUGUGAGAGAGAGUGAGAAAAUGGUCUCCAGGGGUCACAAGAGAACAGCCAUGUACAGGAACCUACAACUUCUUCGUUCAAUCUCAUGCUCUCAUUCGCGGCGCCGUAAAGCCUCAGUUUUAUUGGAUGUAUCAGAGUAUAUACAAGGUUUAAAGCAAAAGCUGCAAGAAUUGAACCAGUUACAAGUUGCAAAAGCUCAGAAAAUCAUUGAUUAUGAUCCAAUGCCUAAGCUUAAAGUUGAACCACAAGAAGAAGGCUUUGUGAUUAAGGUGCUGAGUGAAAGGAGUUGUCAAGGGUUGCUGGUGUUCAUAUUAGAAGCCUUUGAAGAGCUGGGUCUUGAUGUGCUCCAUGCUCGGGUUUCUUGUGCAGACAUCUUCUCUCUAGAAGCUGUUGGAAACAAAGAGAACAAUCAAGAUACUCGUCCUUUGGAUGCACAUAUGGUUGAAAAAGUAGUGUCUCAAGCUAUUCAAAAUUGGAAGGAAGUUACACAGAAAUUAUGAUCAGAAAAAACUACUGUCCCCAAUUAGAAAUCUUGUGUUUACUUGAUCAGUUUACUCUUUCUUUGUUACCAAAAUGUUUCAUAUUAGAUAUAAAUAGAUCCAUGUAGAAGUUUGACUUUC